AUGAACGACAUCACUUUCGCAUGCGAACUUGAUAACAUCAAAAGGCAAAUCACGUCGUUUGGUCGCCACACAGCCCAAGCGACAUCCGAAGACAUGUUUUCCGACGACCUUUCAGCUCUGAAGCUGCGCCUUCAGUCUAUGGAGGCAUCAUUGAGCUAUCUGAAUUCAUCACACGGCCGGCGAGAGACAUUUGAUGCGCCACCGAGACUCGUGGAAUCAGCCGCGAGUCCAUCUCUGCCAUUUGCACUUCCAUCAGGACCAGUCUUCUGGAAGCUUUGGGACUCUUUGAGAACAGAUGUUCAAGGACUCAACACUCGAGUGGCCGAUAUGGAAGGGAAUUUCUCCAAUCUUGAGGAUCGUGUCGAUGGCCUGGAUCCCAGCCGGUUUACACCACCAGCCAGUGGCUCGACCAACCGGCCUGUGCCGUGGACUUCCGACCAUUACUCGACGCAUUUUGGCCAAAGCGCUGCAGAGCUGCCAUGUGACUUCAAGCAGCAGCAAAACAUUCAGCAAAACAGUCCUGCUUGGUGGAACCGUCAUGUCCCACAGCCCGAGAGCGAUUUCUCCAWCACUGCUCAGUACGGCGCAGGCGUCGCGCUUUGGACAGAGGGCUCAUCUGGUGUUGCUUUCCGAGAUCGUGAAAUUGCGCGUCUCGAGGACAUUCUAGCUCGCAUGCAAACCGAUGCGCAAGAUAGCGAAGAACAGAUGACAAGCAAAAACAACUGUAUUGAUGAGCUUACCUACCAAAAGGAAUGCUUGCAUAAUCAGAUCGCAGAUCUACAGCAGACAGUGCGAGCCUACAACAACAUCUUCGCCAUGAACCGCCGGGAGUUCGAGAAUCGGCAAGUACAUCGCCAUGGUGAGGCACAAGUCAAAGUCUUGGAGCGAGAAGUACAAGACCUGCAAGACUCGUUCUCAAGAGCUGUCGGCCAUCAUCGAGCAGAACUUGACGAGGCUGUGGCUGAAAAGGAAAAUGAGCUAUACAGACUGCGGGCCUUCGCUGAGGCCAAGGACGAUGUCGUACGUCAACAGGGAGAUGUCAUUGCGCGAGGAGCCACAAUAAUCGAAGAGAGAGAUGCCACGAUCGAGCGUCUCACCAAGGAGUUGAAGAUUGCCCUCGAUGACUGUCGCCAUGAAACCCGAGAACGCGAGCGGGCUUCUAGACUGCUGGAAGAGAGAACAAACGAGAUUGCACAGCGUGAAGAUACAUUGGCACGAUGUUCUACACCCGAGACGCCGGCCGGUGCGCCAAAAGCAGAGCUAGCGACCUCGAGAGCCGCUUCUGCGACGCAAGACGAAGCGCGAACGACGCCGAUCAAGCCUCUGGCAUUCGAUGCACAACAAGACCUGCGACAGCACUCAGGACAGUGGACUCCACAAACUCUGGGCAAAUUUGCCAAACUGCCGCACGAGAAGCAAAGAGCAGCUGCUUGGGAGUCCGUCUCGGCAGCCCUUGGUGGUGUUAGAUCUGGCCAGGCUGGACCUUCUAUUCGACAAAGUGAUGGCUGGAAGCUGCCUGGAAAGCUUGCACUCGAUCAUCAAGGAACAACGUUGCCAGAAUCUGCGUGGCCGGUGAGGAAGCCGCGAUACAAGCUACCUCUAGAUGCUUUCGAGGGCAUCAACCAAGAGUCAUGUGCGAUACCUCCCACACUGCCGCCACGCCUGUCAAUAUCUCACAGUGAUGCUGAAGCGGGUCAUUCAGCAGGGCCAACAUUGACGCAGUCGGACAUGUACGACCGGAAGCCGAAACGUAGCUUGCAGGCGUAUGUGGAAGUGGAGGACAACAGCGAAAAGCAUUAUGACGCAGCAUGA